UCUGUUUUUUUGUCCAAUAAUAAUUGGUUGGGAGCAAUGGUUCAGGAUAUUGGUCUCUAAAAAAAUUUCAGAACCUGUGAGGCUGUGUAACUAGGCGGGUCUUGCACUUGUCUUUGGUCUACAAUGUCUGCAAUCUUUAAAUCUCCACCAAUUCUCUCAUUUACAGAGAUGGCCAAUUCAAUCUCGGAGCUUCACCAAGCUCACGCCCACAUGCUCAAGACCGGCCUCAUGGAAGACCCUUUCGCUGCAAGCCGGCUCAUUGCUUUUUCUGCCACCAACACCAGCUCCCAAAGUGUUGCUUAUGCUCACUCCAUAUUCACUCGUAUACAACACCCAAACUCGUAUACCUAUAACAGCAUGAUACGAGCCUAUGCCAAUAGUCCCAACCCACAACAUGCCCUCAUGGUUUAUGAGCAAAUGCUGAAUGAUGAUCAUUUGUUCCCGGAUAAGUACACUUUCACUUUUGCUUUGAAGGCUUGUGCGAGUCUUCGUGGUGUCAAAGAGGGUCGACAGGUUCAUGGUCAUGUGAUUAAGUUUGGAAUUGGGUAUGAUGCGUAUAUAUGGAAUACUUUGAUUCAUGUGUAUGCGAAUUGUGGGUGUUUUGAAAUUGCGCGGUGUUUGCUUGAUGGAAUGCCUGAAAGUGAUGUUAUAUCGUGGAAUGCGAUAUUGAGUGCGUAUGUGGAAAUGGGUUUGAUGGACUUUGCGCGUGGGUUGUUUGAUGAGAUGCCAGAAAGAAACUUGGAGUCUUGGAACUUCAUGAUUUCGGGGUAUAUAGGUGUUGGGCUACUUGAUGAAGCUAGAAGAAUUUUCAACGAAAUGCCAAUGAAAGAUGUUGUUUCGUGGAAUGCAAUGAUCACGGGCUAUGCUCAUGAAAGUCGUUUUGAUGAAGUCUUGGUGCUCUUUGAGAAAAUGCAAAGCGGGAAGGUGAAGCCGGAUGGUCGAACGCUUGUCAACGUGUUAUCUGCUUGUGCUCGUGUUGGAGCUUUAAGUCAAGGAGAGUGGGUUCAUGCAUAUGUUGAUAAGAGUGGCAUUGAUAUUAAUGGUUUUCUAGCCACUGCUCUCGUAGACAUGUAUUCAAAAUGCGGGUGUAUUGAGAAGGCUUUAGAAGUUUUUGAUAGUACUUCAAUGAAGGAUAUCAGUACAUGGAAUUCAAUUAUUGCAGGAUUAAGCAUCCACGGUUUUGGAGAACAUGCAUUAAAGAUUUUCUCCCAAAUGCUGGUGAAUGGUUUUAGCCCAAACGAGGUCACCUUCAUCAGUGUUCUGUCAGCCUGCAGCCGAGCUGGUUUGUUAAAUGAGGGACGUGAGAUGUUUGACCUCAUGGUUAGUGUUCAUGGCAUUGAGCCAACCAUAGAGCACUAUGGCUGUAUGGUGGAUUUACUGGGCCGCUUCGGAUUAUUAGAAGAGGCCGAGGAACUUUUGAGAACAAUGCCGCAUAAAGAAGCUCCUUUGGUUUGGGAGUCUCUAUUGGGUGCUUGCAGAAAUCAUGGUAAUCUCGAAUUGGCAGCGCGUGUUGCCAAGAAGAUUUUGGAUAUGGAUCCUCAAGACAGUUCCGGUUAUGUUCAACUGUCAAAUAUUCACGCGUCAAUGGGGAGAUGGAAUGAUGUUACGGAGGUGAGGAGGAAGAUGAAGGCACAAGGAGUGAGUAAAGAUCCUGGAUGUAGCAUGAUUGAAGUAAAUGGUGUUGUUCAUGAGUUCUUAGCCGGUGAAGGAAUAAUUAAGCCAAGCAGGCUUGAGAUAUAGGAAAGUUCGUAAUAAGAUUCACAACUCUGAGUCCUUAUGGUGAAUUCUUUUGAUAUUAAAGACUUUCACAUUGGGUAUGAGAACUGUAUUGUUUGAAAGCAAUGAGAGGUUUUUGGCGUAUGAUGCAGGCUGUGGAAUAUUGAAGCCACAAGGACAUAUGAGACGGAUUUUGAAGGGAAAAACUUGCUUACGGAAACAACCUGUUGUAACUUUAAAAUCUGGAAACCCUAGAUGAUGUGUCUCCUUUAUUAAAUCCAUCUUCACAGGACAAUUUCAUAUAAUGGAAGACCUUUUGUAUUAAGAGAGUGUUUCAUAUGAGCUAUUGACACAUUACUACUGAAUCACAAGACAAUAUUGAAAAAUUUUGUGGUAUUCUUUGGGAAUUCUUUUUGCAGUUUUAUAGUACCCCUUUAAGUGCUUAUUAUGAAGCAUGCAUCUGAUAAGAAUGCAUAACUUGUUCUAUUGGAAGUCCUUCAAUUAAUGAAUGAUAUUCUUUAGUACC